GUUGUUGUUAAAGUCCCCCCCCCUCCCUGUCCCAGUGGGUGCGUGGCGCGCGAUCGGCCGCGUUCGGACUCCGAGCCUCGCGGUGGCCGCCGAGCCCGGGAUUUCCUUCGGGGGUUUCGUGCGGGACGGCGAGGUGUUGCGGGGCUGUGCUGAUCGACUGAGGCACGUCCUGCGCCCCCUCCUCAUGGAGGCAGCUCGUAACGGGGGCUGCGUAACGCAGUCCCCCCCGCCCUCCCGAACCCCGCAUGCCCCCUCGCCCUCCUCACCCUCCCGCUCCCAGCAUACACCAGGAGGACCCAGCAGCCCUUCCCAGAAUGCACAGCAGCAGGGCGACACGCCGGGCCUGCUGCGCGUGUCUCUGCCCAACAAACAGCGCACCGUGGUGCACGUGCGGGGUGGCUCUUCGGUGAGGGAGAGCCUUAACAAGGCCCUCGCUAUCCGCGGCCUCAUCCCCGACUACUGCAAUGUCUUCACAGUGCGCGAUGGCAUGAGGUCAGCUCUCAGCUGGGACGUGGACAUGGCGAGCGUUGGCACCGAGGAGCUCCAGGUGGAGCUGAAGGACAACGUCACGGUCACCACCCACAACUUCGUGCGCAAGACGUUCUUCCGGCUGGCGUUCUGUGACUUCUGCCUGAAGCUCAUGUUCCAGGGCUUCCGCUGCCAGACAUGCGGCUACAAGUUCCACCAGCGCUGCAGCACCGAGGUGCCCGUCAUGUGCAUCAACGUGAGCCGCCUGCGGCUCACCGAAUGUCACACCCCGAGUCACAUCCGCCAGGAGGGCCACAACUUCCAUUUCGCCACCUUCUCCGGUCCCCCCCACUCUGCUGUGCUGCCCACCACCUCCAGGCGUUUAUCCACGCAAACCUUCCAGUUCCCAUCCAUCGGAGGCGAUCACGGAGGUCAGCUGACUCAGCGAGAUCGAGCGAGUUCCACCCCCAACAUCAACUCGAGCGUCAUAGGCAACGUGGAUGUGGGCUUCAUAGAGUCCUUCGUGCAAACCCAGCAGCAACAGCAGCAACAACCCUCUGCUGACGUGGUGUCGAGCGUGGAAGUGGUGGAGGACACUACCGAAACCAGGGCCGGGACAUCGAGUCGACUGCACCGCACACCCGCCAUCCGCCGGCCCUCGGAUGAGAAGAACCGCCUGUUCCGUGGCCGGGACUCGUGCUACUACUGGGAGAUUCGGGAGGAGGAGAUCUCCCUCCUGAACAUGGUCGGUUCGGGCUCCUUCGGGACCGUGUACAAGGGCAAGUGGCACGGAGACGUGGCUGUGAAGAUCCUGAAAGUGACCGACCCCACUCCGCAGCAGAUGCAGGCCUUCAAGAACGAGGUGGCUGUACUCAGGAAGACGCGGCAUGUGAACGUGGUGCUGUUCAUGGGAUAUCUGACGAAGCCCCGCCUCGCCAUCGUCACGCAGUGGUGCGAGGGCUCCAGCCUCUACCGCCAUCUGCACGUCAACGAGAGCAAGUUCGAGGUGUUCCAGCUCAUCGACAUCGCCCGCCAGACGGCGCAAGGCAUGGAUUACCUCCACGCGAAAAACAUCAUCCACCGUGACCUCAAAUCCAACACCGUCCCCCUUAACGAGCCGGCGCAAGACAUCUUCCUGCACGAGGGUCUCACAGUGAAGAUCGGAGACUUCGGGCUCGCCACCGUCAAGUCGCGCUGGAGCGGAGCUCAGCAAGUGGAGAACCUGUCCGGCUCCAUCCUGUGGAUGGCCCCAGAGGUGGUCCGCAUGCAGGACACGAACCCGUACACGUUCAAGUCUGACGUAUACGCAUUUGGCAUCGUGCUCUACGAGCUCAUGGCCAAGGAGCUGCCCUACGCGCACAUCGGCUCCCGAGACCAGAUCCUGUUCAUGGUGGGGCGGGGUUACCUGUCUCCGGACCUGAGCAAGGUUUGUGGGAACUGCCCUAAGGCCAUGAGAAGGCUCAUGGCCGACUGCCUCAAGAAGCUGCGCGACGAGCGGCCCCUCUUCACACAGAUCCUGGCGUCGAUCGAGCUGCUGGCGCACGCACUGCCCAAGAUCCACCGCAGCGCCUCGGAGCCGUCGCUGCACCGCGCCGGCCUCGACCUCGACGACCUGCGCUCCAUGUUCAUGCAGCCCACGCGCUUCGGCGGCAAGUGAUGGCGCCCCCUCCCCCCCCCCCCCACUGCAACCGGCGAGGGGAGGGCGCUCCACUCUCCUGCUCCAUCGCACUGGAAAGGAAAUGGGAUGGUCCUACCACCCCCCACCCCUUCUCACUCCCCCCCCCCCCAAACUGCAUACAUCGGCAAGUUAUGGGUAUCCCUUAGCGCACACCGGGGGGGGUGGGGGGGGUGGGGGAUGGUGUCCGCCGUGAACCACGCUCGCCAGACAGGGGUGGUACCUCUCCUCCUCACUCACGAGCCGGAAGAUGAUGGCGUUCUGAUGGUACCCGCCUCUACCGCACACCGGCGAGUGAUGCUGCCCCACCGCCACCCCAACAUGUGGGAGUGGUGGCUUGGACGGCACUCGUCGUACAAGAGGAGAUGGACGCCAUCGCUCCCAGACACGGCAGGGCACUCAUGUGCUGCAACCAGCACGGGGUUGUGCACGUGUGCGAGCAUCUGAGUGUAUGCGUGUGUGUGAGAGUUCGUAUAGUAAGUAGAUGUGGUACGAAAGAAUGUGGAGCUGAUUGGACUUGCCGGUGACGUACCAACUGUGUCGAGAUCGGCCUCAGUGUAGGAGGAGGCUCGUGAAGGACGCUACUGGGCAGUUGGAGGUGGUCACCCCCCCGACAAUAAGUUGGCACAAUAGGGAGCACAGGUGGUGCAUCUUCCAGUCAUCUCGGUCAACCUAUAAUACCUGGGUCUGUCUCGUGACCUGCCAGCAGCAAGCCUUCUCCACGUCACGUGAUGGCUUCAAAAGUGCACUUAGCCUGGCACAAGAGCAUGAGGGUGGUGAGCCUGUGGGUAUGCUUGUGAAGCCGUGCGAAUCUGUGAGUGAGCAUGUGGGCGAGCGUGUAAAGCAUGUGGUCAUGUGAGUGAGCGUGUGCUCGAGGUGAGUGUGCAUGCCCGUGUAUGCACACGAUCGCGAUGGUGAUCGCGCGGAUCGCCGCGAGGAGUUGCUGCUUCCAUGAACUUAUCGCAAACCAAUCGGUGAGCUCGCAGGUUCUUCGACAAGAACACGUUUCAGGUCGUGUCCUGAUGAAGGCCAGUCAGCCAAACCAUCGGUGUCGACCUUUCCUCGUGGGGACUAACAGAAAAAACCCAUUAUGGCGUUCAAUCGAGCUGUUAUUUCAUGAACGCGUGCUUGUCUGCGUGUGAGCAUGUGCCUCAAUAGGUGCUCGCUAACAGCAAUUGCCCCAUCGGGUGUAUAAGGCUGUGUGUGGGUGUGUGCACUGUCAUCUUGGUGGUGGUUUUGCCUUUUGGGUAAUGUUUCUCCAGCCUUGUCAGUUUACUUAUGCUGCCCUGGGGUCUUACAACACUGAAGCCUUAACCCGCCCGCCUUCCCUGUCUGCCUCCACGAGCGGGCUGGUGGACGCAGUGGUGGCCACGAUGUGCCUUAUUCUCGGGUGAGGCUGCCGUAGUGCCUCUGUGAAACCGGCGGCAAGGCCUUGACCGUGGUGCCGGCACGGUUGCGUUAAGAACGCGAAUCUAAGGGGGGGAAACAAUCACUAAACACGAAGGAGAAAACCCUUGCUGUGCUGUCUGUAGGGCGACGGGGCGAACUCCUGGGGUCCAAUCCCCGCUAGCGACUGCGUCGCUCGUGACGGUGAGCUACGACAAGUGGCGCGCGGCUGCGAUCGUAGUUGUGGCGUUCGUGGCGAGUCGAUCGUAGUUUGGGUAGACAGGAGCCGCCGUGGUUGUCACGGUUAUCACUCCGGAGCUUGCAAUCCAGAGGUCUCCGCUUCCAAUUCAGCUUUCUAGCACGGUGAACAAAUCUGAGUGAACAGUGUUAAUAUCAUUCCGGGUCUAACAACUUUAAUGAGAACAUCUCAAUAAUCACACAGAGUUGACCCAAGGUCUGCUACAUUUUAGCGCUAAAAUCUGGACACAGCCGACAAUGGCUCCUGCUGCUCCAAUCUAGUCCAUGUUGCUGCUCCAUGCUCGUCCAUGCUGCUACUUCAUGCUAGUUCAUGCUGCUACGUGUGGCUCCUGCUGCUCCAUGCUGCUCCAUGCUAGUCCAUACUGCUGCUCCACACUAGUCCAUACUGCUGCUCCACACUUGUCCAUGCUGCUCCCCCAUGCUGCUGCCCCAUGCUACUCCACGCUUGUCCGUGCUGCUCCAUAUGCUCCUGCUGCUGUUCCACGCUUGUCAAUGCUGCUCCAUGUGGCUGCAGCUGCUCCAUGCUGCUCUUGCUCGCCCAUGCGGAGUUGGGAGCCGCUCGCAUACCUUGCCGGGUCGCGCCUUUCUUUUUUUGCCACAUAUGGGAGCGCAGGCGCUAAUGCGGCGCCCGCGCUGCGCGUCCUCACUGUGAAUGGGCACCGGUUUGCGACCGGGUGGCACAGCCCUGCCUCGAGGCCUUAUGGAAGAAAUUAAACAUAUCACUGUACCCAGCGCCAGUCGCGAUGUCCCUCGCAAGGCGCCCUCUUGUGUCCUGGUGCUCGUUGGAGCCUGUGGUCUGCAAGGCCCUGUGGUGUACAGGGCUGUAUCCUGGCCUACAGGGCCACCUACAUUGCCCUGUGGUCUAUGGGGCCCUGGUCAUUACCCCUUGGUCUACAGGACCAUGUCCACUGCCCUGUGGUCUGCGGGGCCUUGCACUUUGGUCUGAAUGGACGGGUGUUGUUGCAUGCUUGCGAUAAGUCCUGUGGGCCCACAUGACUGUGGUGGCUGCUACUGGGUGGUUUUGCAUGGCAGUGGCGUUUUGCAUUUGAGAUUCUGUGGCUGUGAUGUGGAGGGUUUUUUUUUUUAAACACAUCGGAUGCCAUGCUCAUUUUCAUUAGGAAAAAAGCGAUGGAUAAUUAAGUGCGUUUUUAUUUCAUACUUUUCCACGAAAAGACGUUCGAAAGCAAACGAGGUUCACGAACUGGAAGGUGGUCUGUGUAAACUUUGUACAUAGCGGCAUGGUGUCUGCAUGCGAGUGGUGGUGGUGGUUAUCCUUUUAUUGGCGUCGUUGCUGCUGUGUUUAUGAAGCUCGUGGCGCAGCGCCUGCAUUUUACUAUGAAGCGGCCGCCGAGUUCGCGGUGAAAUCUUCGUUUAUAGUAUUCGUGGUGUGAUCCUAACAGUUCCAUGUAUAGGGUUGGUUUAAUAAAAGGGGCUUCUGUGGA